CAGUGGGCGGAUUUAUGUCAGCGCGAGUGAUGAAUCAACACGCGAGCGAGUGCGUGUGCUCCUCUUUGCUAAAUUCCGAGAGUUUGUUUCGGGUGCGCGUCUUUGAUGAUCCCGGCUGCUGCUUGAUCGAUAGGUUUCCACGAGAAAGAAGAAGCUGGGCUUGAAAAGAACCAAGUUUUUCUCCGGUGGGUCGCUUUCAAAGUUCUCCGCAGGGCCCGAUUUGCGCUGGAGACUCCACUGUCCUUCGCAUUUGUAUAAAAAGUCACUCUUUUUCCACUGCGAGUGUAGUUUUUUCUUCGUUUAAAGCAGCUAUGGCGCUCAAGUAUGUGGGCUUCGUGGCGAUCGUGGCUCUUGGAUUUCUAUGGGCACCACUUCUCGCUGAUGGUGGAGCUUGUGACGAUUACAAUUGCAUCCAAGGGGACUGUGUGGAAGUGAGUGGAUUCCCACCUGUGAAGUGCGUGUGCAAGGAUGGAUGGUCCAAUAUCCUGGGAAUGUCUGCGUUGAGCUGCGCCAUCCCGAAGUGUGAUUUCAAUAUGAGUUGUGCCAAGACUAACAAAGCAGAUGAUGCCUCACAUGAUAAUUCACCGAGCUUCGACAUCUUCAAUCCUUGCUCGUACAAGGUAUGCGGUGAAGGCGAUUGCAUCAAGCAAAACGGCAACAAUAGUUAUACAUGCCGGUGCUAUGAAGGCUACGGAAAUCUCCUCAACUCACCGUCUGGAAUUUGCGUUGCGGAUUGUAGCAUUGGUGCUGAUUGCAACCAGCUUGGAAUAAACCUCGGCCCGAGUUCCUCACCUUCAUCGCCAGGCAGCAACAGCUCCUCCACUUUGUCAGAUACAAACGCUGGAUCACAACUGCAAUUCCACGCCAAAAAUCUCGUCUUUGGUGCACUGGCGCUGCUCCUGUGGAGCAUAUAGAGUAUACCAUUUUUUUCCUCUCUAUAUAUUCUAGGUGCUAUGUUAUUAGAACACUUCGAGAAAAAUACAGAGAAUUCUCAAGGUGGCGGAGUGAUAAUCGUCGAGCCUCCAGAAGGCGACGGAGGAAACGAUGAAGAAGAGCCAGUGGAGAUUGGAACAGUGGGAUUGUCGGGCUUGGACGGUGGCGAUGGUGGCGGAGCGGCGGCGGUGGGAGGUGGCGGCGAUCGAGGUGGUGGAGAUGGAGGAGCUGCAUGCGAGGACGAGCCGAAUGGUGGAAGAGGCUUGAGAUGCUCCACCGGGCCUGGCUGGACUGGAGACUGGAGCUUUGGCUUUGGAUCGACUUGCUGAUAGUCUUGCCUCUCGCUGCUAUCGAAUUCAUCGUCCAGGAGCUCCUCGUCCUCCACAAUCUGCGAGUUUUCAAAAGCAAACUGAGGUCGAGUGAAAGAUAAUCAAGCAAAGCAGCAAAUGGUUCUUCGCUACGCUCUCGUCAACCGGCAUUUCCAUUGGAUUUUCUCGUGAGAGUUUUUACUCUUUUCUUUCUGUCAAUGAGAAUCAAUGCUGGCA